AUGUCUGCCAAGUUGGACAAGUCUCUCGACGAGAUCCUCGUCAGCCGUCGCCAGGGCGCUCGCCGUCGCGCUCGCCGCUCGGCUCCCAACAAGGCUGCCAACGCUCCUGUCCCAGUCGGAGGUGUGAAGAAGACCACCAAGGCUGCCAAGGCGCCCGGAAAGGCUGUUCAGAAUGGACACCCGGUCUCUACGGAGAGCAAAAUCAUGGUCAGCGGCUUGCCUUCCGAUGUGAAUGAGGCCAAUAUCAAGGAAUACUUCACAAAGUCAGCAGGUCCUGUCAAGCGAGUCAUGCUCACCUACAACCAAAACGGCACGAGCCGUGGUAUCGCCUCGAUCGUGUUCAGCAAGCCCGAUACAGCUGCCAAGGCUGCUAAGGACUUGAAUGGACUCCUUGUUGAUGGCAGACCCAUGAAGAUUGAGGUUGUCGUCGACGCCUCCCACGCUCCUGAGGUCUCUGCCCCUAAGCCUCUGGGCGAGCGCGUUGCACAAACCAAGCCCCAACCGAAGCCCGCUACCGCUACCAAGGCUGCUGCUGGUGCCAAGGGCCGCAAGGGCCGUGCUCGUCGCCCUAACGGCCGUGGUAACCGCCCUAAGCCCAAGACUGUGGAGGAGCUUGAUGCUGAGAUGGUUGACUACUUCUCUACCACUAACGAGAAUGCUGGCCCUGCGGAGGGCAAUGCCCAAGCAAACGGUGCUGCCCCCCAGCAGCCUGCCGCUACCGGCGGCGAAGACCUCGGAAUGGCGGAGAUCUCCUAA